AUGUCGUCGGGCGGCAUCCUCCCAGCCCUGGGCCACGCGGCCUCGGGCUCGCUUGGGGCCGCCAUCGCGACGGCGGCGACGUACCCGCUCGACCUGAUCAACACGCGGCUCAAGGUACAGCGGCAGCUCGCGGCGCGCGACGGCGGGAGCGCCGCCGGGGACGCCUACGACGGCGCGGUCGACGCGCUGCGGCGGAUCCUGCGCGACGAGGGCGGGCCGUCGGCCCUGUUCGUCGGGCUGGCCUCGGACGUGGCCAAGUCGGCGGCCGACUCGUUCCUCUUCUUCCUCUUCUACUCGUGGCUGCGGUCGCACCGCCUCCUCGCCGGCGGCGGCGGCGCUCGCGGAAAGAAGAAGGGGAAAGGCCUCGGGCCCGUCGAGGAGCUGCUGGUCGGCGCCGUCGCGGGCGCCGCCGCCAGGGCCCUGACCAUGCCCGUGGCCAACGCCGUCGCGCGCAUGCAGACGGCCGCGCUGGCGGCGGACCGGUGGAACGCGAGGAAGGGCGUGACCGGCGAGCUGCGUGACAUGUGGGGCGAGAAGGGAUUCGCGGGUCUCUGGGCUGGGUACUCGGCCGCCCUUGUCUUGACCCUGAACCCUAGCAUCACGUUCUGCCUGGACCAGGUCAUCCGGAGCGUUGUCGCGGGCGGUGGCAAGCCUCGUGGUGGCGGUGGUGGUGGUGGCGGCAGCGGCGGAGAGGGAGGCGACUUUGGCGGGUUCGUGACCUUCCUCAGCGCGGCCGUGAGCAAGGCCGCGGCGACCGCCAUCACCUACCCUUUCCAGAUCGCCAAGGCGCGGCUGCAGAUUUCAAACCUGAUGGCGUCACCGGCCGUGCCGAGGGCGCCGUCGCCGCCCACGCCGCCGCCGCCUUUCGUCCCGCCCGUCAUCAUCGAGCCCACGCCACCGCCCGAGUCCGAGAGCAGGAGGGACGACGUGGUCGAGGAGGUCAAGGAGGCCGUCGUGUCGGCGGCCCAGACCGUCGGGACCGGCGUCAAGAAGAUGGCGCACGACAACAUCUUCACCAUGCUCCUGCACAUCUCCAAGAGCGAGGGCCCGGGUGCCCUGUACGACGGCCUGGCCGGCGAGCUGUUGAGGGCCUUCUUUGGCCACGGCAUCACGAUGCUAUCCAAGGACCUGCUGCACAAGCUGGUCGUGCGAUUGUAUUUCGGCCUCAUCGCCGCCCGGAGGACCAUCGAUGACAGGCGGCGACCACCUGCCGAUCCGCACGCGCGGGACCAGACGCUGCUCGCCCUCGUUGAUCCCCACCCGCACACGCCGUCACCGUCGUCCCACACUCGGGUUGGCAGUGUUGCCGUUAGAGGACACGGUCCUCCCGACUAUUCGGGUCGCCAUCCCACGAGCCAAAAAGACCGAGAGUCGGCGAGGCAGGCCAGCUGA